AUGGCUGAAAGUGUAUCACCGAAGAAGCCUUCAUAUAGUAAUUGUGCUCAAGUGGUUCACCACCAGGACUUCUCAGUGAUGCUUCUGGAGCCGAGACCUUUCCGGCCAUUCAAGAGCAGCGAAGAGUACUUGUAUGCCAUGAAAGAAGAUCUGGCGGAAUGGCUCAACACUUUGUAUGAACUGGACAUCAAUGCCGACACCUUUUUACACGCAAAUCAAGUGCUGAAGAGAGCGCGAGAGUACGAGGCGUCGGGCCGUCAGAGUCUGAAUAUAGCGAUUCCUGUGAAGGAUGUGGUCUAUCGGAUGAACGUAAAGGCGGGCACUUUCCCCGCCCGCGACAAUGUGUCCAACUUUAUCACGUGGUGUCGACUUUUGCAGAUUCAUGAGUGCCUUCUCUUCGAGACCGAAGACUUAGUGAUGCGAAAGAACGAGAAGUCCUUUAUAUUAUGUCUUCUGGAAGUGGCGCGAAGGGGAUCCAAAAUUGAUUUAACGGUGGUAGAGCUGUUGUCCCGGUGUUCGUGUCCAACACAAUAUAGUUUAGAGUAUAUAUCAGAUGGAAAAUACAGAAUCGGCGACACAAAAGUACUGAUAUUUGUGAGGAUUUUGCGAAGUCAUGUCAUGGUUAGAGUAGGCGGCGGCUGGUAU